CAACUAACACACUGAGCCCCACCUGAAAUUCUAUGGCGGAUUUGUGUUUGCUUGCUUACUACCCGUGUUCCCACUCUAGAUUGUAAACUCCCUAGAAGGCAGAGACUGGUGUGUACCCAGGAGUGGAAGAAUGGCUGGCCCAUUUUAUGAAGGUCCUCAGUAAUUGCUGAAUGGAAUGACUGUAUGAUGCAUCACAUGUGAUUGUCUCUUUAGUAGAAGAUUAUCCAAAUUAUAUGAUAAUAAAUCUAGAUAAGCUGGAUUACUGUGCAAGCUUGAAGAAUCUUGAAACCAUUUCCAACAAGCAAAACUACAAAUUUAUACAGGGUGACAUAUGUGAUUCUCACUUUGUGAGACGACUUUUUGAAACAGAGAAAAUAGAUAUAGUACUACAUUUUGCUGCACAAACACAUGUAGAUCUUUCAUUUGUCCGUGCUUUUGAGUUUACAUAUGUUAAUGUUUAUGGGACUCACGUUCUAGUCAGUGCUGCUCAUGAAGCCGGAGUGGAAAAAUUUAUUUAUGUCAGCACAGAUGAAGUGUAUGGAGGUAGCCUUGACAAGGAAUUUGAUGAAUCAUCACCCAAACAACCUACAAAUCCGUAUGCGUCAUCCAAAGCAGCUGCUGAGUGUUUUGUGCAGUCUUACUGGGAGCGGUACCAGUUUCCAGCUGUCAUCACAAGAAGCAGUAAUGUUUAUGGACCACAUCAGUAUCCAGAGAAGGUUAUUCCAAAAUUUAUAUCUUUGCUUCAACACAACAGGAAAUGCUGCAUUCAUGGAUCAGGGCUUCAAACAAGGAAUUUCCUUUAUGCUACUGAUGUAGUAGAAGCAUUUCUCACUGUCCUCAAAAAAGGAAAACCAGGAGAAAUUUAUAACAUUGGAACCAAUUUUGAAAUGUCAGUUGUCCAGCUUGCCAAAGAACUAAUACAACUGAUCAAAGAGACCAAUUCAGAGUCUGAAAUGGAAAAUUGGGUUGAUUAUGUUAACGAUAGACCAACCAAUGACAUGAGAUAUCCAAUGAAGUCAGAAAAAAUACAUGGUUUAGGAUGGAGACCUAAAGUGCCUUGGGAAGAAGGAAUAAAGAAAACAAUUGACUGGUACAGAGAGAAUUUUCAUAACUGGAAAAAUGCGGAAAAGGCAUUAGAACCCUUUCCAGUACAACCACCAUUUAUAUAACCAGGACAGUUUCCAGAUAAAGAAGAAAAUUAUCCUACCUCGACAAAUGAUAGCAAAUCAGGUGACCAAAUGAAGUGUCCUCUCUGCUCUGGAAUUAGAUUCAUGACUUUGUGUGUAAAAGUCUAGUGCAAAACGCUCUAGUCUUUGGAAGAGUUUCAGUGUUGGCACACGAUUUCAUUAUCAAAAUUCUUUCAGAAAUUUUUUUCUCCUAGAAAUUAAGAAGAAGUAGACAAAGAAAGACUGUCCCAAGGCAUGGGCCAGAAGUAGUUGUCUCCUGUUCUGAGAACAAAGACAGGAUAUGGUGCUGGGCAGAUGGCCGUGAACUCAGUGGGCUUCCCAACCAUUCCCAGGACCUGGAGAAUCAAGUUUCCAUUUGUAGGCAAUAUAGAAUGAGUUUCACACCCUAAUUUACUCUUUUUUUUUUUUUUUUUUAAA